UCUAAUAUUUAUCCAUCUGAAUAUAAAGUUCUACUACAUAAAUUCCUAUAAAGUUCUGCCGUUAUUUCUUCUUUAAUCUAUCAAUUACUUAUCACUGUUUCAUAUUUCUUGUAACUAUGGCACACAUUCUUACUAUCGGUGCAGCAGGAAUCGUAAACAAGUUGGUGGAUUCUGUUUCUCGUGAGAUUGGUAUGACAUGGGGUGUCAAAGAUGACUUGAAAAAGCUUCUGAACACCUUAGAAAUGAUUCUUUCCAAAAUUGUUGAUGCUGAGCUGAAGCAAGAGAAGAGCAAUGAUUUGAGACUCUGGUUGAAAAGCCUCAAGGACAUUGCUUAUGACGUUGAUGAUGUAAUGGAUAGUCUCUCCUAUGAAGCAAUGCGGCGUCAGCAUGAAAGGGAUGGUUUGAAGAAUAAGGUACUGGAUUUUGUUUCAUCUUCGAACCCACUUGCUUUUCGUUUGAGUAUGGCUAAAAAGCUCAAAGACAUCAACAAAAGGUUAGACGUAGUUGCCAUGGAAAUGGGUAGGUUUCAGUUGCAAACUACACCUGCUAAUACUACUAUGGCGCAUGAUGAUAGUAGUGGGCAACUGAGCAGACAAACCACCUCUUCGGUAGAUGAGUCAGAAACUUUUGAAAGGGAAGAUGAUAAAAAUGAAAUCGUGAAAAUAUUAACAAUGGUCAACGCUUCAUCAUCAUCAUCAUCAACUUCACUUAUGAAUCCUGAUCGAAAAAACGAAAAGGUUGCUGUGAUUUCUUUGGUGGGAGUUGGGGGACUCGGCAAGACAAAACUGGCUCAACUCGUCUACAAUGACAAGUUGGUAAUGAAACACUUUGACCUAAGAAUGUGGGUCUGUGUCUCUGAAGAUUUUGAUUUGAAGGCCCUUUUAGUGAAAUUGUUGGAGUCCAUUACUCAAAAUAUGGAGUUCAAUAAUAUACCAGAUGUUGGCGUACUGGCGGAAAAAGUUCGUGAAGAGCUGGCUGAGAAGAAGUACUUGUUAGUCCUUGACAAUAUGUGGAACGAGGAUGCUGAGCGAUGGGAGAGGCUUAAAAGUUUGUUGGCAGUCGGAGCUCAAGGAAGUAAAAUUUUAAUUAAUACACGCAGAAUCCAGGUUGCAGAUGUUGUGAAGGGAAGUAUUUCUCCGUUCAAAUUGAAACAUUUAGAAGAAGAUGAAUGUUGGUCGAUCAUCGCCAAGAUAGCCUUUUCUCACGGAGGGGCACUGAAAACUUCUAAAAUGACAAACAUCGGAAGAGAGAUAGCAAAAAGAUGUGGGGGCUUACCGCUUGCAGCAAAAUUUCUUGGAAGCUUAAUGCACUCUAAAAGUGAAGAAAGUGAUUGGCUGUCAAUUCAAGAAAAUGAGAUUUGGAAUUCACCGGUAUGUCAGAACAAAAUAAUGCCAAUACUAAGAUUGAGUUAUGAUAACUUGUCAUCUGAGUUGAAACAGUGCUUUUCCUAUUGCUCCCUAUUUCCCAAAGACAGGGAGAUCAAUAAAGAAGCUCUUAUUCAGUUAUGGAUGGCAGAAGGAUACCUUGAUUCGUCUGCACAAACCAAUAGAUCGCUUGAAGAAACUGGCGAUGAAUAUUUUGAGAGGUUGGUGGGGAGCUCAUUCCUCGAGGGUGUCAAGAAGAAUGUGUUGGGUGACAUAACAACCUGCAAAAUGCAUGACCUUGUGCACGAUCUUGCUGUAGAGGUUACUGGGGAUGGUGAAUGCAUGUCUCUCAAGGUAAGCGAGUUGAAUAAUGCUUCUGAAUUUCGCCGUUUAACGUUAACGAUGGAUGAAGAAUUAUCAGCAACUUUGCAUGAAACAAUAGGUAAUAUAAAGAAGUUGCGGACACUUAUUGUCCUUGAACCAAUGCAUACCUUGAACCUUGACAGAUUCUCCAGGAAUAAGCACUUGCGUGUUUUGCAUUUGGGUCAUCUUGGUGUAGACUGUUCAGACAUUUUAUACUCGACUGCUAAGCUAAGGCAUUUAAGGUACUUGAACCUUUUGUCUAUAAAUUUUGCCGUAGCGACGAAGAUUGGGGAGUCCAUCGUUAGAUUUUAUAAUUUGCAGACUUUGGUAUUAAUGGGGUGUAUUCAUGUUCAAGAUGUUCUUAGAAGAAUAGAAUGCUUAAAAAAUCUUAGAUACCUUGACAUCUCAUGUACGGAUGUCAAAGAACUACCUGAUUCUGUCACUAGCCUCGGUAACUUGCGAAGAUUAGAUCUAAAUCACUGCAUAAGCUUAACCGCCUUUCCCAGUUCUGUUACUGGUUUGCAAUAUCUUAGAUUUCUUGAUAUGUCUUUUACACCUAUUGAAGAACUGCCUAGUUUUAUUAGUAGACUCCACAAUUUGCAGACAUUAGAUCUCACUAACUGCAGCAGAUUAAGAGCCUUACCGGAGUAUGUGACAAGUCUUAAGCAUUUGAGAAUAUUCAAUUUCUCUGAUUGCCCACUAGUAAAAACCCUACCCAAAAAUUUUGGAGCCUUAACACAGCUAAGGUCCCUUAACCUGGGUGGUACUGGUGUCCAAGUAAUACCAGAGUCUUGUGUUUCCCUCAAAAAUCUUGAGUUCCUUAACCUUUUCUUUUGUGAGCUUCCCGAAGAGGUAAAUCAUUGGACAAAACUGAGAGAGUUUUAUUACCGUAAGGAGGGCACACCAACUGGUAUUGGAGAACUAGUUCGUCUGCAGAUAUUGAGUUACAGGGUAAUUAAAUCUGUCGCAGGAACGUCUGAAUGUUAUAAUGGUAUAGAAGAGAUAGGAAAGCUGAAUUUACUUGAGGAGCUACUUAUUUUUGAUGUUGAGAACGUGAAAGACCCCAUACAUGCUGGUAAAGCAAAUUUGCAAAGGAAGCAGAACCUCCGGUAUUUGGGAUUGUAUUAUGGUGAAAAUUUGCUGGAGGACAAUUGUUGCAGUGACAGUAUUAUGGUAUUAGAAGCUCUCCAACCUCCGACAAAUUUGAGAAAUUUGAAAAUUGUUAACUUCAUGGGGUUGGACAUCCCCAAAUGGCUGUCUGUUCCUUCUAAUCUUCCAAAUCUGGAACAGCUGGAACUGGAAUACUGCAAAGAAAUUAAACACCUUCCUGCGGUCAUCGGGCAGUUUCAACGUCUAAGGUUUUUUGAGUUAACAGGAAUGUCUUUCAAGAGUUUGGAUGUCGAUCUUCCUUUGGUAAAUGAAAUCAAUCUUACGGAUAUGUUACACCUAAAGGAGAUACGCUGUUGCUGUCCUUUACUUCAGAAUCUGAAGAUCGUUGGGUCCAAAAGCUUGAUAGAAUUCCCUUCCUUUCCUUCUCUGCAGCAAUUGUAUUUAGAGAAGACCAAUCACAAGUUAGUAAGCUCUAUUAGUCGCAACCUGACCUCUCUCACCAAGAUUCUUUUAGCAAAUAUAGAGGAGCUUGUUUACUUCCCAGUAAGCAUACUACAAAACAACCGCAAUCUUCAAGUUCUAAGUUUUAAUGGAUGUAAACAGUUUGAAGGCUUUCGCGUAAAUUCUGGUGAGGACGAGAUUGCACUAUUUGGCGCUCUUCAGAGAUUGGUCUUGAUGAAUUGUCCAGCACUAAAGUUUCUACCAGAUUUACGCAGAUGGAAUUCUCUUUGGAAAUUAUCCAUCUUCCGGUGUCCACUAUUGCGGUUGACUUUAACCUAUGAUCUUAAAUCCCUCUCCUUUCUUAAAGAAUUGUAUGUUGAUUUUAUUCAACGAAAUGAGCAGCAUGGAGCUAUAUCUGAUGCAGACGACUUGAUCAAUUUGUUGCAGUAGCAGGUAAGGAGUUCAUUAUUUUGCUACUAAUGGAUAGUCUGCGAGUGAAAGCCUACUGUUUGCGUAGCAGAUCGAGUGAUACAAGGAUGAAAGAUGAAAGGCAAAGCACCCAACAAUACAUCAAAGAACAGCUCACAGAAAUCACGAACUGAAGAUGGCCAAUGGGCCCAAGCUAGCACCACAACACCACCAACCACUGCUGCAUUUUCGUAGGGAUACCUCCACCACUGCAGCAAUCACUGUAUUUUGUGCAUUAUGCGUUUUUUUGUUUUAUCAAGAAACAUAAACAUUUGAUGUUCAUUCUACCAAACCCAAUGUAUCUGUACCCCAGAUAUCAUAUAUUCUAUGCGUUAUCUAGUAUAGUGUAGAAUACAUAUGUUUCACUCAAUACCGCAUUACACUUGUUGUAAAAUUGGAGUUUCAAUAAAGUUUAUUGCUUUCGU